AGGAAGGAGUGGCACCUCUUGCAAUGUAUCUUUUAAGAGUGGAAGUGGGGAGAAGAGAUUCAGAGUGCAUUCCAAAGGCCCAUCAUCAAAUCUGUGUCCGCUGAUGGCUUCCCACUUUGACUACAGCUCUCCAAGAGUUACUACCAUUACGAUCGCUAUGUUACAGAAGAGGAAAAUGAGGCUUAUUGAGGUUAAAUGACUCACCAAAGACUACACAGCUGGAAGCUCUGCAAAGGAUCAUUUCAACUCUGGCAAAUAAAAAUGAUGAAAUUCAGAAUUUUAUUGAUACACUAAACCAAACACUGAAAGGAGUUCAGGAAAAUUCUUCUAACAUACUUUCAGAAUUAGAUGAAGAAUUUGACAGUUUAUACUCCAUAUUGGAUGAGGUAAAGGAAAGUAUGAUUAACAGUAUCAAGCAGGAACAAGCACGUAAAUCACAAGAGUUACAGAGUCAACUUAGUCAAUGUAAUAAUGCCCUGGAGAACUCGGAAGAACUACUGGAAUUUGCAACAAGAUCAUUAGAUAUAAAGGAACCUGAAGAAUUUUCAAAGGCUGCCAGACAGAUCAAGGAUAGAGUAACAAUGGCUUCAGCCUUUCGCCUUUCUUUGAAACCAAAGGUCAGUGACAACAUGACUCAUUUAAUGGUGGAUUUUUCUCAGGAAAGACAGAUAUUGCAAACUUUGAAGUUUUUGCCAGUCCCGAAAGCUCCAGAGAUAGAUCCAGUAGAAUGUUUGGUGGCUGACAACUCUGUGACAGUAGCUUGGAGAAUGCCAGAAGAAGAUAAUAAGAUUGAUCAUUUUAUAAUGGAAUAUAGGAAAACGAAUUUUGAUGGACUUCCACGUGUAAAGGAUGAGCGAUGCUGGGAGAUAGUUGAUAAUAUUAAGGGUACUGAAUAUACACUAUCAGGUUUAAAGUUUGAUUCAAAGUACAUGAAUUUCAGAGUGCGAGCUUGUAAUAAGGCUGUGGCUGGAGAGUUUUCUGAUCCAGUGACUCUGGAGACCAAAGCACUUAAUUUCAAUUUGGAUAACUCAUCCUCCCAUUUGAACCUGAAAGUUGAAGAUACCUGUGUAGAGUGGGAUCCUACUGGAGGAAAAGGUCAAGACAGUAAAAUUAAAGGAAAAGAGAACAAGGGCAGAAGUGGUACCCCAUCCCCUAAACGGACAUCUGUAGGCUCCAGGCCACCAGCAGUAAGAGGCAGCAGAGAUCGUUUUACGGGAGAAUCGUACACAGUGUUGGGAGACACCGCUAUUGAAAGUGGACAACAUUAUUGGGAGGUCAAGGCCCAGAAGGAUUGUAAAUCCUACAGUGUGGGAGUAGCGUACAAGACUUUGGGGAAAUUUGACCAAUUAGGAAAGACAAACACUAGUUGGUGUAUCCAUGUGAACAACUGGCUACAGAACACAUUUGCAGCAAAGCAUAAUAAUAAAGUCAAAGCCUUGGAUGUUGCUGUUCCUGAAAGAAUAGGUGUAUUUUGUGAUUUUGAUGGGGGUCAACUUUCUUUCUAUGAUGCAAACUCAAAACAGUUGUUGUAUUCCUUUAAGGCAAAAUUUACUCAGCCAGUACUACCUGGUUUCAUGGUUUGGUGUGGCGGACUUUCUUUGAGUACUGGGAUGCAGGUUCCAAGUGCUGUGAGGACACUUCAGAAAAAUGAAAAUGGAAUGACUGGCUCCACUAGCAGCUUAAACAAUAUUGCUCAGUAAUGCCUACUCAGAAUAUGUUUAUCUUCCCCCACUCCUUUUUGAUUGGGUGGCCUUUUCCAUGCAGUUACUAAUCACAGCAGUUUACAAGUGGUGGAAGUCAGUUUUGCUACCUUCUGCUCUAAGGUCUGGAAUCUGUUCGCAUCAGGCAUCUAGUAGGAAACAGUCCCAGGAGCCUGCUGUGUGAUAUCAGAGAAGCAAGCAGACAUCGAGCAAGAAACUAAUGUUUUGAAGAGGAAAUGGGAAAAAAAGGCAGUGUUUAAGUAGUUACAUAGAAACUCAUUUUUGUGUUUCUUAGAUUACUUUGACUAUUCUAAAAUGUUUAGUUACAUGUGGUAGCCCUAGGGCUGGAGGGAAAAGCAUUUAAAUCUUCUUUCCUCUAUACGUUCCUUUUUUUUAAUGUCAUCACUAUCUAUUAUUUAAUUCUUACACUGAAGCUUUAAAACUGUACAGUCUUUCAUGGUUUUCAAAAAAACUGAAAAAAUUGAUUGGGCAUGCUAGAGAGGUUUUCUUACAGUAGUUUAUUUUUCCCCUUUUAUAAAUAAGUUGAGGUUUGCUAAAUUAUUGUCUUUUGUUUUUCAACUAGAUUGUGUAUCAUUUUCUUCUUUCCAAAUAUUGUGAUAUUUCUCUUUCGGUUAUAACUCAAAAUAGAGAGUGGAUAGGAAGUGUUUCUAGAUAUAAUAGCUUUAAAUUGCUCAAAUUUCAGUUUUUACCUGCUGCAAAGGGAUAUUCUUUAUACAUUACCUUGUUUAAUUAGACUUCUUUCCAUUAUCUUGAAUAAUGGGUAAGAUUUUUUAAAGCUUUAUAUUUUCUGAUUUUUUUGUCUAGUUUAAUAGAAUCUUUAAUAGUUUUGGUAAAAUUCCCACUUGAAUUUGGUGUAAUAACUGGCAAUACUUAUGCUUAGUUUUAACAUUUUUAGUAAGGUGAAAGAUCAUUAAAGCUAUAUAGAAAGUAGAAAACACUACCUAUUCAAGUUUUAUCUAUAAGGAAUAGGUUAUAAAAGGAGGUACCUAAAACUAUUCUUUACUGAAGUCAUCUGUAUCUGCUUUUUAAUAAGAUGGAAUGGUUAAAAACAAGAGUUUUGAAAAAACUAUGUUAAUCUCUCACUUAUUUGGCACAUGAAUUUUUCAGACAUACCUAUUCAGAGGUUAUUUUUCUCUCAGUAUUUUGCUACUUCAUUUGCUUUCUAAAGGGUCAUAAUGCUUCCAAAAAUCAACAUACAGUGAUCUUUACCGUACGUAGGGAAGAUGUAUUAAACCAUGAGUAACACCCAUGAUUAUUGAGCAAAGCAUUUAUAUUUUUAAAGUUGAUUAAAAUUUGUAACAAGUUCUUUGAGCCAAAUUGGAAGUUGUCAUUACAGUAUUUAAGAAUUCCUUGAGCAUUUUCAAGAGGUCUGGGUUUGUAUAUUCCUUAAUUUUUGAAGCUGUUACUUUCUCACGUAGAGAUUCUUCCAUUCAUAUUUUAAGUAUAUUCUCUUAUGAUACCUUCUCCCUAGAAGUGACCAUUGCUGUGUACAUUUGAGUUACUUUCUAUAGAAAGACCUGUGGGAUAGGAACAGCUCAUUCUCUCUUAAAGUUUAUUGCUUACUGAUGGGAUGUUUUGUUCUUUGUAAAACAAACCUAAUGAGUCUUGUUCAAACUGGGUAUUCAUUUUUCCAGAGGAGAGUCAUAUCUAUACUGUUGUCUGAUAACGUAUUUUAAAAACCAUAAGGCAGUUUAGAGUAUGACAUUGUCAAGUAGAUAUUGUUUUGAUUCUCAAAAUAAAUAUAAUUUUGAUUUUUGUUUUUCCUAGAGAUUUUGAAAGAAAUUUCAGAUUUCUUUCCUGCAGCAGGAUUAUUGCAGGACCUAAGGAAACAGGAAGUUAUAAUUCUCUUUCAUAAGAGUUAAACCUGAAAGCAGCAAGUUAGUGGUGGAGCUGCUUUAUGUGAACAGUCACGUAUAUUUUAACAAAAAUGACAUGAAAAAGCCAGAAGUUCUUGUAUAAAAACUUUUACUAUUAUGUCUGUAUAAUUAUAUCCUGUUUUUAAUUUUAAGUGCCUUCUUCCUCUAAGCAUGCUCUCGCUCCAUGGCCCAUGCAUUGUCAACUGAUACUUAAACCAGAGACCAUUAUGUUAUACUGGUGAGGAGUUCUAUUGCAGGGGCAUGAGGAAAGGAAAAUACUAGUCAGGGGCUGGAGGAGUGCAUAUGAUUCUUGUGUGUGCUCAUCCCAUCAUUUCAAACCCUUUGUAUAAAAUAUUCUAGUAUCAUUUGGAAAAUUCAUUUGAAGUAAUACUGUUAUACUUCAAAAUAAGAAUCUGGGGUUUCCCUCUUACUGUGCUUCUUCUUUUUUUUUUUGUUACUGUGCUGCUUCUUAAAGGUCCCCCCUCCCAAAAAAACAGAAACAAAAUAUGUGGGCUUUUAGCUUAAUUCAUGUAAGUUUAUUUGUGUGAAGUUAAAUUGGAGGAAGUUCGUCACUCUCAUUUUCAAACUAGAAAAUAAUCAACUAUAGUGCCUAUUUACAUAGUCUCAAAUUAUGGUAACUGUUAACUUGACACAAUAUAUAACAUUCUCAUUAGCAUUGGAAUUAAAAAAUACUGAGAUUUUUUGCUCAAUUGAAGACAUGAAAAGUUGGUAUACUCUUUAAAACAUUUUUUUUUUUACUCUUUAUUUUAACAGGUCAAACAUGAUUGCUUUCUACAAAAGAAAUGCAUGAGAGGUUGAUGGUAGUGGAUAUACCACAGGUGUAAAAAAUUAUGUUUUAUAAAAAUAUACACUUAGUAUUGCCUUUCUCUUUUAGCAGUUGAAUCUCAAACCAGUUGUAGUAAACUGGAUAAAAAAUGAAGGAGUUGCCUUAAGCACUUUAGAAAAAAGAAUUUUUUUACAUUUCGUUUUGACUCUUUGGACUGACUGUGUCACAUACAUCUUUAACUUUUCGUAAAUAUGUGCAUACCAAAUAUUUACUAACUAAAUGCACAAAGAAAUUUAAUAUACAGUAAUUCUUUGAAUGUUCCAGGUGUAGGUAGACAAUUUGAAAGUAUUAAAGGUGUGCCUGUCUGUCCAGGGGUUUCACUGAUGGCAUCUGUACUAUUCUGACAAACCAUGGACUGCUGCUGGACAGCUAGACUUCAUCAGAUUUGUCCUGCGAUCAUUCUCCUCCAUAUUGUCAUCUGAAGGGACAUACUGGCUUGGUUUUAUUUGCUCCCUUAUGAAAUUAAAAGUAUGCGCAGUAUUACAUAUAAUUUGAAUUUUUGUGCUGAUCCUCAGUGAUACAAAGAAUAAAAUGAUUUAGUUAGGCUAAGAUACUCUUAUCUCAUGACUUACCCAGAAUGAUUAGUUUUCCUCCAUAUACUUUAAAUCACAUAAAAUUAUUAAGUUACUUAAUGUCUUUUGGAAACAUAUGGGGAAAAUUGGAAAAGGAUACAUAUGUAAAAUGAUUAUUUCAAAGUAUUCAUUUUAGAAGGGACAGUGUAGACUUCCGUAAAAUAUGUGAAUCUGAGCUAAACAGACUAAGGACUGUAUUUAAAAAUCAUCAUGAUAAUUCUUUUGGCGAAAACUCCAUAUUUAUAAGACCAGUAUUCAUUCAUUGGUUAAUUCAUGUAACAAAUAUUUAAGUCUGGGAUGGCAGUCAUACUUUCUAUUCAGAUUUCCUAACUUUGUGAAGUUUGAUUUUCUGUGCGUACAGUACUUUUGCUGCUUUUGAGAGGUAUGACAAAGUUUGCAUCUUAAAAACAAUUUUUUGCUAAUCAGUCAGGAAUUUUAAAAAGUAAAUGUUAAGAGUUUAUAAAAAAUUAUAAUUAACUGCAUGUAAAAUGGUUCACCUAUAUGUAGUCAUGUAAGAUGUGUCUGAAAAAGUUUCUUCCUUGAUUUUAUUUUUACACUGAAUAUAUUAUUUUAGGGAAGUGAAUGGUCAGCAUAAAUUUACUCGGCAUCCAAAUAACCAUAAAGUUAUUUUAAAUUUAUAUUUCAUAAUGCCAGUGCUGGAGCAUUUAUAAGUGAUCAUGAAUUUUCCUUAAUCAUUGCAGAAAGAUUACCUCGUAGUCAGCAUAGUUUUAGUUUUGUGUAUAUCGUACAGUAUUCAUAUUAUGCAAAUACUUGUGAUGCUCAUGUCACAUAUGAUAGCUUUGUUACCUGGAAUAUUUGAUUAAUGUAAAUAAGCUUUUUGAGUAAUUUGGAGGUUAACUGGACCACACUUGGUAUAUGUUUUUGUUGAAAAUAUAUUGUUGGGUAUGCCAUAUAAAGGUUAGUAUUGACUUAUAAAUAUCAGAGAUUACCAUAGUACUUUUCUCCUCAGACUACUCACAUUCAAAUUAAAACAGUGUUUGUUAAUUCUGAGUCAGUGUAAGGUAUACUGACUUUUGAUUUGUAAUCAUUGGGGCUGUGUUAGUUUAAAUUGGUAUAUUUUCUUAACGGUACCCAAUCAAAAUAAGUUGGUUCUUGGGGAUGAACAUGUAGAGGAUUUCACAGUAUAUAGGACAGCCCGUAGGUGAAUGUGUUUGCUUUGCCUUGGAGCUACUUAAGUUUAUUCUAAGUGAUUGGUAAAAGAUAUUUUUGUUAGUGUUAGAACUUGUUGGAGAGCUUAAGGGUUAUGAGAAUGCUUUUUUUUUUAAACAUUUCCAAAAUCUCUUAAGAUACCAAAGCACUGAGUCUAAUUUGCCUUUUAGGGGAGACUCUUUAAAAUCAAAUUUAUAACUAAUUCAUACAAUAAGAUAUAUAAUAGCUAAAGUUUUGAAAUGAUUUGUAUUAAAAACCACUAGUCUUUAAAUUUUCUAGAUAUAAAAAAAUAUUUUGGCUUAAUUUUUUUUAAAGUAUUUAAAAUUAAUCACCUUAGCUCUACUAUAUACUAUAUCUGUGAUCUCUACAUAAUCACUUAAUCAUCUUUGGGCUUCCAUUGCCUUACAUAAAGGCAAUGUAACUUGCCUUUACAACAAUGUAACUUGUUCAGCCUACCUCACAGGGCUGUUGUGAGGAAUAAAAUGAUAUGGAGUAUAUGAAAUAGAUUCAACCACAGUAAAAUGCUAUGUAAAUGUGAAGUAUUACUUUUAGUUAAUAAUGGACUUUAGUGUUUGGAUACCUCUAGAUGCCAUUUACUUUGAUAAAGCAUGUGCUUAAAGUGGUAUCACCAGGACAUGAAACCUGAUUUUUUUUUUUUAAAGCCUGAUUAAAAUAUCCUUUAACAUUUUUAGUUUAUGCAUGACUUGUGGCCUUUUUUGUAUUUUCUCAUCAAGGUGUACUCUAUAUCAAGACUUCUAGAACUUAAAAUUUCUCCCGUAGCAUUAACGUGUGUCAGAGUAGAAUAGUAGCAUAAAUAAAUGACUUAAGCUGUGUUUCCAUCUAGGCAUUUGCACUUUCAUGACUGCUCAAUGCCACAUGCAAAGACUGAAUUUGGCCUAAAUAAUUCUUCUGCAAAAUACCAGCUUUAGUUGGUUCAACAGUUUGUUGUCAUUGGAUAGAUGAUAUAAGGUGUAUGUGACCUUUUAAAACAUUUGAUGACUUUUGUUGCAUUAUCAUUUUUAAAAAUACAAUGACGCAUUUCAAAACUCUGUUAACCUGGAUAUCAUUUAUUAUCUCUCCUGACAUGUUUUGCUUUAAACUGAAUUAAGUGGCUUACAAAUUAUCUUGAUCCACAGAUUAUUUGGUUUUUCUAUCAUUUGGACAUGAUUUUGCUAUGCAGUUCUGAUAGUAAAAAUUCUAAUUCCUCAGGUUUAACGUUUAAGUUAAAGAUGAAGAACAUUAAUGAACUACUUACAGUGUACGCAGUGCUGAAAAUUAGUGUUUAUAAUAAGCAUUUUGCCUCAUUUUUUUUGGAAACAAGACAAAGCUUUUAAAAUGGUUUUUGAAAUUUCAAAAUAGAGUAUUCAAGGUAGAGUGACUUGUAUGUUGAAAUGAUUGUAUGUUCUGUAUAGAAUAACCAAAUUCUUAAAAAAACACCUGGAAUAUCUCAUCUAAAAAUUAAACUUUCUUUUCUUGCUUUC